CACGAUAGAGUGAGUGAGUGUGUGUGUGUGUGUGUGAAAGGCAGAGUACAGCACAGUAAGAGUACAGUAAGUAAGACAACAAAAAAUAUUGGAGAGAUGCUUUAAUAAAAUAUAGUGAACCAUAGAGGAUGCAGUAAUUUUGCUGGAUCAGACAAACAGGCUCAGAAAAAUGGAGGGAGAAAUGGACAAUGAAGACGGGAUGUUCACCAACAUCCCACUGGCUGAUGACUCAGCAGACUGUGACUCUACAGCUUUGCAGCCCAAACCAGAGGACCUGCCAUCCACCAUGAACUGUACCAUGGAUGACCUGGAGAAUCAGGUUGAAGUGGAGGAAAAGACUCGCCUCAUUAACCAAGUGCUGGAGCUCCAACACACACUAGAAGAUCUCUCGGCUCGGGUGGAUGCAGUGAAGGAGGAAAACCUGAAGCUGAAGUCAGAGAACCAGGUUCUGGGCCAGUACAUCGAGAACCUAAUGUCAGCCUCGAGCGUGUUUCAGACCACUGACACCAAGAGCAAACGGAAAUAAACACACGCAGUGCUGUCUUCCUUCCAGAAGGCUCUCUCAUCCUUUAACCAAGAGGCCAGUAUGCACCAACGUUCAGGCUUCCAUAUGCACACCCAUGCUGAGCUCUGAAUUUAUCUGUUCUAGAAAAACUUUUCAUUCUAUACCUCUGCAUUCACUGCCUUAUCGUCAUGACUGGCUAUGGAUAAUGUUCAUGCAGAGAGAUGUACUCUCUCUUACAUAGGUCAUUUUCAAUCUGUGGUCAAAUACUGACAGCAUUAAUACACUGCAGCUUCUCAACAACCCAUUUGAUAAAAACAGUGCAACCUUUUUCUUUAUAUAUAUAUAUAGAGGGCGAGUUUCUUUAUAUAUAUAGAGGGCGACCACAAUUUUGUUUUAAUGACCUGUUUAUUUUUGUUACUGUCACUAUAUAAUAUGUUAAAGAUGAAAGCACAGAAUAGACAUGCCUUGUACUCUGCUGCACAGGACAAUUAACCUGAACGUGCAUGAGGUGCCAUUAUUUAUUCUUCCAAAGAGACAUGCAUGAUUUAAGAAGCUGAUAUUAAUGAUUAUUGGCAAAUGAAUGGCAACGAUGAAGAACUAUCAUGGACAAUAAAUUUAUACUGUAUUCAGUGUAUUUUUGCAAUAACAGAGGUUGAGUAGGUAAAAUUUCAGUAGAACUGAUGGAUCUUCCACAGCUAAGGUCCUGCGUAUAUAUUAAAGGACUGGUUAAAUAUUCAGGGUCCAUACACAACAUCCUAAUUGGGCCCAGUCAGGCAAACACAAUGUCUUAAUUGUCACUUAUUUGUCUUAAUUGUCAUUUGUAAAAGUACAAAGUAAGAAACAAACUUUCUUUGCAUAUCCUAGUUUCUGUCAGCCAUGAUACAGCACUUCUGGAGCAGAGAAGGUUAAAGAGCCAUUCUUGAUGAUUUUGACCUUGAAUCCAUAAUGUUCUGCUUAGUAGCCCCAAGCUUUACCCCUCAGCAACCCAUACCACUGGCAUGCAUGCAUGCAUGCUUGUAGAUAUAGAACAAGCCUGUUUAUCAGUACAUCCGAUACAAAUACAAGUCAAAUACAAUUUCCACACCACAAGGUGGCCUUCUACGACAUCCUGAUUCAUGGGACUAACCAUGAACUCACUAUAAUCCCCAAAAGAUUACUACAAAAUACACAGCUGACGGUCUCACCCAUAUGUGGGCCUUUUCUAACCUGCAGCAAUGAAAUUAGCAGCACACAAUGGGAAUGCCUUUCUGUGCUGUAACAUUAAGAGUUUCCUUCACUGGAAAUAAGAGACGAAACACGUUUCAGCAUGACAUCGCUUGGGAGAUUAUUUUUGCACAGACUUCGACCUCACUAAACACCUUUGGGAUGAACUUUGCCAGGCUGUCUCAUCCGACAUCACUAAUGCACCUUUCAAAAUUUGAAAGGUUCCUGAAGGAACAAAAAUUCCAACAGCCACCUUUCAAAUUUUAGAGGAAAUCCUUUCCAGAAGAACAGGACAUGUUAUAAGGGUGUUAUAUUUCCCAUGCUUUUGUUCCAUGUGAUGUUUAUCAAGAGAUGAUAAGGUGUCCACAUACUGUUGGCAAUAGUGUAGCAAGGUGUCUGUGUGAGAAGGUUGUUUCCUGAUAAGAAUGUUGUUCCAUGAGAGCCACAUACUUUUUUGAUCGAGUAGAUUUUGAAUUACAUACAUGGUGGUUAAUAAAUGAGAGCUAGUCUAGCUUGUGUAGCAAUGUCCCAUGUCAGAUACCAUCACAAUGAACAAAGGUAGCACUAUGUUCAUAACUAGAUACAACAGAAUGUGAUUUGGUACACAAUUUUUUUUGUCUUCCAGUUCAGCAAAAGGAUUUCAUGUGUUAGCGGUCAUCUUUGUUUCACAGGUAACAGAGACAGGAGGUCAAACCCCUGCUUGGUUAACAUUCACUUGCUAGGUCAGGAUCGUUAAUCCUUUGUUUACCCAUGUCUUAUUUACUUUUUUAAACAGCAUCUUCAGAAUGAAGAAAUACAGCUAUCACAAAAGCUGGAAAGAGAGUGAAACAGUAUUGGACAUUGAAACAGUAAAGUGUAGAAAGGAUGUCUUGCUUUAGCUUGGACACAUGAAAGGACAGCAGAGAUGAGGAUGCGAGACAGCACAGUAAAUGGACCAUCUGGCUUUUACAGUAAAAAUGGAAACGGCGGCCGCAUUGAGCGAUAUUGAUCCAAGAGAGUACUGUGGAUCCAUGGCUGCAUUUGAAUUCUGCAAACAAUAUAGACAAAUCUGAGCUUUACAUUACAUUAUUUUAUAAUGCACUUUAAUACUGUAUAUGAGCAUUUUUUUCAGGUAUUAACUUGAGCCUGCAAACAGCCAAUGUAGUUAAAACCUUGCCUGUAAAUUGUACUAUUUCAGACCUUUGUGUUAAUAAAUUGCUUUUGCUUGGUACGA